UAUCAUAAAACUUUCCUUAUUUGUUGGGUCUGCUAUUUCUUUCUUUCUAUUAUUGUGUAUUUAGUUUUUUUUCUCUACAAAAAUGGUGCUUGCUGGUAAACUUAUCACUGAACUUGGGAUCAAAUCACCAGGGGAGAAGUUCUUCAAACUAUUUGCAUCAGAACUUCACGAAGUGCACAAAGUUUGUGAAAGAGUUCAUCAUGCCAAGCUUCAUGAAGGUGAAGAUUGGCAUCACAAUGAUUCGGUUAAACACUGGACUUAUGUCAUAGAUGGUGAGGUACACACAUGCAAUGAGCAGGUUGAAGAAGUUGAUGAGCAGAACAAAAAAAUCACUUUCAAGCUUUUUGGUGGAGAUAUUGAAAACUAUAAGGUCUUUAAGCUCAUCUUAGAAGUGAUUAUCAAGGAUAAUGGAACUUCUGCUCUUAGAUGGACUAUUGAUUAUGAGAAGAACAAUGAGAAUGUUGAUACUCCAAAUGGUUGGAUGGACUACCUUAGCAAAAGCACUAGAGAUAUUGAUGGUCAUCUUGUCAAGGGAGAAAAUGUAGUUCUAUAAGCCACUAUUUGAAUAUGGAGUUAUAGUUCAAUGGGUUGGCUUUUAUGGAUAAAUGUGAGCAUAUAAAUAAAAUAAAAGCUAGUGUGAUGUUUGUAUAAUGGCAUGUAGCAUAAGCAUGCAUAUUUGUUUCCCUUGAACCUUCGUUUGUAUCGAAUAAAUGUGUCGGUGAUGUUUUAAGGAGUGUUCUUAUAUUAUGUGUAAUGCAAAUAAAUGGAUAUUUGUGUGCUUUGAAGUUAAAAUUUGUGUAUAAUGUUCUAUUUAUUUAA